UCCAGCGGAUCCGAUCUAGUAUCUUCCGGUCCGGUGACUCACGUAACGGUAGUUGAGCUCGAGCUCAGCUGACUGAAGACUCCAGUGAAGUUAGCUCAGCUUCCUGCUGCCUUUGAUGCUGUUGUUGUUGUUGUUGUUGCUGCUGUUAGGAUAGUCUGUGAUGCAGUAGACCCAGUUUACCUUUGACUGGAAAAUGGAGCGGGGCGAGUCGGACACGGAGGGGGACGAUACACCGCUGCUUCACCGAGGAAACGAAGAAAAAGUCCAGAGAGCCCCAGCAUGUUGUUCAUCGCGCUAUGGCCUGGCGCUGCUCUCCUCUUUUGGCUUCUUUGUGGUCUACUCCUUGCGGGUGAACCUCAGUGUGGCCAUGGUGGAUAUGCUUAACAACACCCACCAAUCCGACACCAACCACAGCAGCUCAGUGUGUCCUGCUCAUGCCAACCCUGCACGGCCCAAACACAACCACACGGCCAGUGUAUACGACUGGGACUCUAAGACACAGGGCUGGAUCCUGGGCUCCUUCUUCUACGGCUACAUCCUGACACAGAUCCCUGGGGGCUACCUGUCUGGCCGCUUUGGACCCAAGUGGCUGAUGGGCUUUGGAAUCCUGGGAACUGUAGUUUUUACGCUGCUCACCCCUGUGGCUGCUGACCUGGGUGCAAGCUACCUCAUCGCUGUCAGGGUGCUGGAAGGGAUAGGAGAGGGAGUAACAUUCCCUGCAAUGUACACUAUGUGGGCAGCGUGGGCCCCACCCCUGGAGAGGAGCCGACUGCUCACAAUUUCCUACAUUGGAGCCCAUCUGGGGACGGUAAUAUCUCUUCCUCUGUCUGGUGAAAUUUGCUUCUACCUGGAUUGGACCUAUGUCUUCUAUGUAUUUGGCGCUGUUGGCCUGGUGUGGUUUUUCUUGUGGUCCUUUCUCGUCUUUGACAGUCCGAACACCCACCCACGGAUAUCCGAGCGGGAGAGACUCUACAUCACCACCUCACUCAAGAAUGAGCUGUCCACCUCAGCAGGCUACAUCCCCUGGCGAGCCAUACUGACGUCCAUGCCGCUGUGGGCCAUCGUCGUGGCUCACUUCUCCUACAACUGGACCUUCUACACCCUCCUCACCCUGCUGCCGACCUACAUGAAUGACGUACUGGGAUUUAGCAUACAGCAGAAUGGUAUGCUGUCAGCUCUUCCUUACAUUGGCUGUGCUGUGUUGGCUGUGCUGAGUGGUCAGCUUGCCGAUUACCUGCGGGAAACCUGCCUCUACCCCACCGUCGUUGUCAGGAAGUCCUUCUCCAUUGUUGGUAUGAUCGGGCCGGCGGUGUUCCUGCUGGCAGCAGGAUUUAUAGGCUGUAACUACACCUUGGCUGUGACCUUCCUCACCAUCUCCUCGGCUCUGGGCGGAGUGUCGGCCUCUGGCUUUAACAUCAACCACCUUGACAUUGCUCCUUCGUAUGCUGGUAUUCUCCUGGGAAUCACCAACACUUUUGCCACCAUUCCUGGCAUGGUGGGACCAGUCAUAGCAAGAGAACUCACCAAACAAAACACCAUAGAAGAAUGGCAGACUGUUUUCUACAUCGCUGCUGCCAUCAACCUGUUUGGAGCUGCGUUCUACACUCUGUUUGGUCGAGGAACGGUGCAGCCCUGGGCCGUCCACACAUCCUUCUCUCAUGGAGACUAAGGCAGAAGACGAGUGCCGGACUCGUCAAUUUGAUGAUUCUGAUUUGACAGAUAGAUGGGUCACAAUCACGGGCGUAAUCAACGGUAAUCAGCGAGAGAUGUGUUCCAGCUGUGCUUAUAAUUCUUGAAGCACAGCUAACUAACAGUGAGUAACAGCCAUACAGUAAUAGCCUCAAGGAUGUUCUUUACUGUGACUGUGGGUGUUGACAGAUAGUCACAACAAUGAACAAAGAAGUUUGCAAUUUAAGUAAAGUGAAUAUUUUUUGGAGGCAGUUAUUAUUUAGCAGAGAAAACAAUCACAUUAUGCAUCUCCAAGAAGUGACAGAAGAGGCUGUUAUUUUGAAGAAAAGCACUCUUGUCACCAACUUAAAAAGGUAAUGUAGCCAGUUAAUUAGAUAGCUACAGGUUAUCUAGACCUUGUUGAUUGUCAAACAUUAUGAACACCGUGAUAAAUAAGCUAUGAAAGACAAAUUUUACCAAUGUCGUUCAUUUUUGGUGUUCCGGUUUGCCAGUUAGCCAACUUGCUAGGCUCAAUUGUUAUAUCUGCAUCCAGACCACUUUGCUUUAAAAUAUUUUUUUUUUUACCCAAGAACGCCACAGUAAACCCUUCAGAGAUUUAUUGCCAUAGUAAUCGUCUACGCUCUUAAGAAGGGUGUUUUCUUUCGCUUGUGUAUGGAAAGUUUGGGAUAACACAAAAUAUGCUACUUUGCGACCCAUAACUAAGUGCCAAUAUGUGUUGUUUUUAGGUGUUAAAAUGGUUUGCCCAAAAAAUAGCAUGUAACAAGGGACAUGUCAUCCCGAACUAGACGCACACAUUCGAUAACGUCUUUUUUAAGAGUGACUGCACAGCACGCACAAAAACUUGUUUGCCUUAUAGUGAAGCCUCCUUAAAAUUAUUUCUUUGUCUUUGCAAAUGGACCAUUGUUUUGUAUUUACUUGUUAUAUGGUGCCGUUAAGGGAUUUUAUGUGCACAAUAUGUGUUGUCUUUUUUUAAGGAUACAGUAUGUCCACCAGGCACCUCUUUUUUGUUUUGUUUAUGUAGCAUAUGGAAAGCACGGGUUGUUAUAUCUUUGAAUCUGUAACACUAAGAAGAUGUUAAGCGGUUGGUGCUCAUGGCACCUUUCUGAUGAAGGGUAAGAAAAAAUGCUUUAAAGAGGUUUCUGGUGGACCUUACUUUACUCACAGGAUUUGCACUUUGUGUCAAUUCUCAGGUAUCUUAUGUCUUACAAGGAUCGAAAAGGAUAUUUGUUUACUUUUUACAGAUUGAUUGAUCUACCACAACCGUCAACUGAAUUAGAUCCCAUUUUAGAAUUCUUUCCAAUAGCACAGUUUACAACUCAAAAUAUGGCUGGUCAUAAUUCUCUUAUCAACUUUUCAUCAUUAUGACCAGCUGAUUAAAUAUAAUUGUUCCCAUAAUGUUUGCACUGUAUCAGGUCACCUGUAAUACUGGGUAUGGUAUGUACCUUGCCCCUUUACAUAGAGGGGCAAAUCAGAAUCAAGCCACAAGGAAAACGUGUAGUCAUGGUUUUAAUUUAUGUCAACAAGUAGCAUCAGCAUCCCAAUUUAAGAUGCAAUGCCUUAUUACAUUAGCUUAAACAGGGUCAGACAAUUCAGGACUGUAGACUCAUUGUUCUCAUAAAGGAAUCAUUUUGUUACUGCUCUUUAUUAUUUAAUUUUAAGUGUCUAUAUACAACGUAUAAAGGGACCUUUGUAUGUGUGUAAAUGUAUACACACUGUACUGAGUAGUCAUUGUAAACUUUCAACCUGGAAACAUUCCAGAAAUGUAUCAUAAAUCACUGUCAUGUAUUGUAAAUACUUCAUCAUAUACAGAUAUGCUCUAAUC